AUGACUAACUACAGCUAUCGCCAGUCGUCGGCCACCUCGUCCUUCGGGGGUCUGGGCAGCGGCUCCAUGCGCUUCGGGGCGGGAGGCGUCUUCCGCGCGCCCAGCAUCCACGGGGGCUCGGGUGGCCGCGGCGUGUCGGUGUCCUCCGCCCGCUUCGUGUCCUCGUCCUCCGGGGGCUACGGCGGCGGCUAUGCGGGCGCCCUGGCCGGCUCCGACGGGCUGCUGGCGGGCAACGAGAAGCUCACCAUGCAGAACCUCAACGACCGCCUGGCGUCGUACCUGGAGAAGGUGCGCACCCUGGAGGAGGCCAACGGCGACUUGGAGGUGAAGAUCCGCGACUGGUACCAGAAGCAGGGGCCCGGGCCCGCCCGGGACUACAGCCACUACUUCAAGACCAUCGAGGACCUGCGGGACCAGAUUCUUGGUGCCACCAUUGAGAAUUCCAAGAUAGUCCUGCAGAUCGACAACGCCCGUUUGGCUGCAGAUGACUUUCGAACCAAGUUUGAGACGGAGCACGCCCUGCGAGUGAGCGUGGAGGCCGACAUCAACGGCCUGCGCAGGUUGCUGGACGAGCUGACCCUGGCCAGGACCGACCUGGAGAUGCAGAUCGAGGGUCUGAAGGAGGAGCUGGCCUACCUGAAGAAGAAUCACGAGGAGGAGAUCAGUGUCCUGAAGGGCCAGGUGGGUGGCCAGGUCAGCGUGGAGGUGGACUCCGCUCCUGGCAUCGACCUAGCCAAGAUCCUGAGCGACAUGAGAAGCCAAUAUGAGGUCAUGGCUGAGAAGAACCGGAAGGAUGCUGAGGCCUGGUUCACCAGCCAGACCGAGGAGCUGAACAGGGAGGUCGCUGGCCACACGGAGCAGCUGCAGAUCAGCAAGACGGAGGUCACCGACCUGCGGCGUACCCUCCAGGGUCUGGAGAUCGAGCUGCAGUCUCAGCUCAGCAUGAAAGCUGCCCUGGAAGGCACGCUGGCCGAAACGGAGGCUCGCUUCGGGGCCCAGCUGGCGCAGAUCCAGGUGCUGAUCAGCGGUGUCGAAGUCCAGCUGAGCGAUGUGCGUGCCGACACCGAGCGGCAGAACCAGGAGUACCAGCACCUAAUGGACAUCAAGUCCCGGCUGGAGCAGGAGAUCACCACCUACCGAAACCUGCUGGAGGGCCAGGACGCCUACUACAAGGACCUGUCCAUCCCGAAGGUCCUCUGAGUCUGGCAGCCUCCUGGCCUUUGUACCCUGCUGCAGAGGGAUUGCCCUGGGUAGGGGCAUGGGAG